AGCAGACAUGGCAGCCGUGGGAGAACUGGUGCUGGUACUGGGCUUACUGGUGAGCGCUCGCUGUGAGGUGAGAGCACGAGACCCCGAGGUGGAGGAGGAGGAGGAGGAGCUGGGAGGAAGAGCAGCAGCACGUGGAGGAGGAGGGGCAGCGUUCCCCCCUCACCUCGAGAGGUUCCACCCCGGGCCGACAGAGACCCCCCCACUGCGAGAGAGAGGGAGCUACCCAGCCCGAUCCGGGAACUGGUGUGCGUUCGUGCAGAACCGCGUGGUUACCGUGGCCAUGGAGUGCGGAACAGAGAAGUACACCAUCAAGUCUCGGAGUCCGUGUCCGAGCGGGACGCCCGACUGUGAAUUGGUCAUGUACAAGCUGGCCACCCGGCCGGUGUACAGGCAGAAGCAGAAGACCUUCACCGCCCUGCUGUGGCGCUGCUGUCCGGGACACGGAGGAAACAACUGUGAGGACACAGUCCCUGACGCGCAGCUGGAUUCUGGAAGCUCGGCUCUGGGUGGACGAUCUGAAACGGCGAGAACAGACGUCCAGCAGCUGCAGCGUGGCGACCCGAACCGCGAACAGAACGACCACCAGGAGUCCACCAGCGCGCUGUAUGACUCAAACAACCAGCGCAACUCCAGCCACCCCGCCCUGGACCCAGGCCACGUCCAUAACCCCCAUCACACGCCACAUCACGCUGCCGACACGCACCACCACCACCAGCAGGAGGAACACCACCUUCCUGCUGUAGAUGGGGUGGACGCCGCUGCCGCCUUCCCGUACCCGCAAGCCCCCGCUGCCCUCCCCGUUCCCCACAUGAUGGCCCUGGUCAUGUCCCAGCUGCAGCCGGUCCUGGAGGGUUUCAACCGCUCACUGGAGCACCUGAGCCGGCAGGUAGGGGACCUGGCCCGUGACGUGGCCCAGCUGAAGAGCAGCCAGCUGGGUGCGGAGGCGGAGCUGCAGGCAGGGCCCGCGGACGGCCCCGACGAGCUUGACGAGGCAACGGAGGAGCGCUUGGAUACCAAACUGCAUGAGGUGUCUGAGCAGGUCAGGGAGGUCCGGAGGCAGAUGGAGAACCAGCGGGCAGACAUGGAGUACAGGCUGCACUCCCAGCAUGCAAUGCUGCACUACAACCUCACCAGCUUUAAGACGGACAUCGACAUGAAGCUGAAACGCCACAACAAGAUGCUGCAGGUCAGCCUGCAGGCCAUGAACGCCACGCUGGCUGAGCUGAAGCUGGAACAGGAUCAGACCCCUGAGGAUCAGCUGGAGCACCACCUCCCUCCUCCCACUCAGUCUCCCCCCCGCCCGCCGCCGCCGCAGCAGCCCUCAGACACCUCGGCGCUCUGGGAGGCCAUCGAACGCCUGGACAACAUGGUGGUCAACAACACAGUGAAGGUCGGCGGGCUGAUGGAGGACGUGGAGGUGACCUCGGGGAAUGUCCAGCAGCUGAAGCGGAACUAUAAGGAGCUCGAGAAGCAGAUCAAUAGCACGGCCCGGACCAGUCAGGUCCAGUUCAUGGAAACAGGGCUGGAGGUGGAGGCGGCGAGGGAGGUGGUGCUGAGGCAGGUGGGCGAGCUGGCGGGGAACCUGAGUCAGCAGGACCAACGGCUGCAGGACAUGGAAGACGACAUGGACAAUCUGUACAUCGCCCUCAACAAGCACUCCGGGGACUGCGACUGCAAGGGGCUGAUGGCCGCCGUGGCGCGACUGGAGAGGGGCGUGGCCAAUGUGACGGAGCUGACCAACGAGAACCGAUUAGCCCUGGAGAACAGCGAGGGAGGGGCGGGGCAGUGGGCCGGGGCCAGCGACUGGGAGCCGGCAGUGGAGACGCUCCAAUAUGGCCUCCAGCAGGUGAAGGAGUCUCUGAACACGGAGCAGACCAGGACCGGGGCUCUGAACCGCAGCCUGUCCCAGCUGAGCAGCUCGGUGGCGGUGGGUCUGGCCGAGGUCUCCGGGCUGAAGGAGACCGACAGGCGGCUGUUGGCGGAGAUGCAGCACCUGUCCGGCUCCUUUAACUCUCUGCUGAAAGACGCCAUCCGACACAGCGACGUGCUGGAGCUGCUGCUCGGGGAGGAGGUGCUGGAGUUCCUGGAGUGGCCCGUCCAGGACCAGGAGGCCCACUCCAUCCCGGCCCUGAAGGAGCAGCUGAGGCACCUGCAGGAGCAGCUGAGAGGACACAACCUGAGCAUCACGUCCCUGCUGGGCAACAGGCCAGGAGCCAGAGAGGAGGUUCCAUCUGCUGACCAGCCCUCCUCCCACCUCCUCACUGACGACUGGCUCCCGACUGGCAGCAUGAGGAGGAGCAGCAGCGGAGUAGCAUCCAGGGAGCGUCAGGUCCUCCUCCAGCCCGAGGGGAGGCGUCCGGAGCACGGAGGAGACGGCAGCGAUCUGUGGAACCUGGAGAGAGCCGUGGAGGAGCUGGAGCUGAAGGUGCUCCGGCUGGAGGAGAAACUCAGCAACACUUCUGCAGAGAGAGAGGCGGCGGCCGGCGGCGUGGAGGCCAAACUGCAGGCGGAGGUGAUGUGGCUGAAGAGAGGGCUGGAGGAACAUCUGAGGGUGUUCAAGAACGUCUUCAGUAAUGCUGAAGUGCUGGCGGGAUCUGACGCCACGCUGGAGCUCGAUAAACUGUGGCAGCUGGUGAAGGACAAAGACGGGAAGAAAGAGAAGAAGAAGCGAGGAGGAGGAAACCAUCGAAGCAGGAGGGAGUCAUCAGGUGUUGCUCCUGUCCCGUCCAGCCUAUCAGAGGCCGGAUCCCCCCUGAGCGUCUCGACCGGCGUCAUCGUGUUAGAAGCAUCUCUGAACCGGGGUCAGUUUUUCUCCGACGCCGGCACCUUCACGGCUCCCGUGAGCGGGAUCUACCUGUUCGUCCUCACCUUGGACCUGAGGCCGGGCCCCGCCCACGUGGUCCUGAGGAGGGGGUCUGGCGGGGGUCUGGCGUCUGUACACCGACAGGAGGUGGUGGAGCCGGGGCCGGUCACCGGCGUGGGCCUCCUGCAGCUGAGCGAGGGGGAGGAGGUGCGGCUGGAACUGAAGGGAGGUGCGUGGGCGGAGUCAAAGGACAAUGUGUUCACCGUGCUGCUGCUCCACCGGACCACCUGAGGGCGCUGUGGACCAAUCAGCUGACAGCUGGAGGAAAGACGCUGAUCAGAGACUCUGGGAGGGGCGGAGUCAAAAUUUGUUUUAAAAAUGAGAAUUUAACAUUCGCUGGAUUCCAGCCGGUGGAGGCGUUAAUCCAAAGCCCCUUACAGUAUCACCGAGGUUUACUUGUGUUGCGUCCGGAGGGAUUCAAACCCUCAAACCACCAGUCAGUUCUGAUAAAUCUGUGAACUGCAGGUCAGAGUCUGAGCUCCACAAACGUCUCAGGCUGGACCUCCAACUCGACAACAAGAAGAGGUCAAAAACACGCAAACCGAGAUGAAACUGACCUUCAAGUGAAGACCCAAAUUAAAGCAGGAGUUUCAGUGUCUUUGUGUUCAAACACAGCGCUGGAGCGAGGAAGUUAGUAGCCUAGCUUAGCAUAAAGACUAGAAGCAGGUGGAAACAGCUAGCCUGGUUCCGUGCAAACUACUAAAACACACCGACAAACCGUUGUUCGAACUGUAAGCUAACGCAAGCUAACGUUUGUGGUUUUAGUGGGAGUUACUUUGAUGCCCUGAAUAUUAAGCAGCAUUUCCGUCAUUGUCAUGUUGUUUCAACCAACAUGAGGCACAUCUAAAAAGUGCAGAGGGGUGUCACCUCAGCCCCUGGGAACUGCACUAGUUUCUCUAAAAACACAUUUCCUUCUUUCUUCUCUCCCAUGGUUUCCUUGCGUCUCUCCAUGCAUCCCCAGAGGACAAGACUAAGACACGAGGAAAAGACGCAAGUGUGUGCAGUGUCUCUUCAGCGCAGGUUGAGCUGGUUUGGUUUUCAGUCACUGCACCAACAAGAAAACACUUCCAGCAUGUAACUUCCCCUGAAACCACAAACUGAGGUUUAAUCUGUACACUAACAGCAAAGCAGAGCAACACGUUAGUGAUCUUGGUUGGUGGAUGUUUUGCCACGGGGCAGAGCCAGGUUAGCGGUUUCCAGCCUUUAUGCUAAGCUAGGCUAACCACGUCCUGACUCCUGCUCCAAAAACCCAAAGCAAUGACGUUAUUUAGUGAAUCUCCAAUCUGCUAACUUACAAAAAGAACAGUUACCACGAUUAGUCACCAGUGCUCCUCAGUAAACCGCACAGACCGCUGCCCAGAGAAGUGGACCCACAAUGCCUCGCUCUACUUGCAACACAACAAGCUUUCAGCCAUCAAGAGUAUUUGAUUGAUCCGGUUACUCAGCUCUGACAGGAUGUGCCGUCGACCCUGCUGUGUCACUUUAACCGUCUUUAUCUUCAGAAGAAAACCUGACCACAGAGGUUUUCUGUGUGAGGAGGGGAAAAGGACGAAGUAGAAAGGUUCAAGUCUUUACGUCCUCUGUCUUUGAAGGGAUUCUUUUUACUUUGCAUACUGAAAAUAUUUUGUAAAGUCGCCUGUAUCUGUAAUGUUUGUAAAGUACCAGUAUCGUUACGUAAACACACACAGAGCAGAAUAUAUUUAUCUAACAGCUGAGCCGCAUGUUGGAGCAGAAGGUGAAUGUGUUUAUCUAAAGAGUCACCAGGCUGUAACUUAAUAAAACAGUUUGUAUGAUGUUACAACGCUGCAAACACACACAAGAUUUA